CCCACUAUCUUCUGUAAGCCCAUGUGUUAUAGAAAAUUAGUGAAUCUCACAAAAAUCGGAGCUCAAAGAUGGCUGCCCCCGUUGCGAAACUUGCUAGUCACUGCGCCAGUGCAAAGUUAUUAUGGAGAGUACCACAGCAUACAGUGAGAUUGGGACAAGUGGCAAAUGGAAGCGUCACCCAAAUGGCACAAAAUCAACUGGACGUCAGACUAGCACAGGCAAGAUGUUACUCCCAACAGCCACAGAGGAAAGGCUUCAUAUCGCAAUUCAUUGAUAACAUCAAACUGGACAUGGCCAAGAACAAAGAGAUGAAGGAAAAUAUCAAGAAGUUCCGGGAGGAAGCUGAUAAAUUGGAAAAGUCUGAAGCCUUACAGCAAGCGAGGAAGAAAUAUGAAUCUAUUGAAAUAGAAACAUCUCGAGGAUCUGAAGUACUCAAGAGAACUGUGACAGACAUCAAAGAUAAAGUGCAGAAGGGUGUAGAGGAUGUCCAGAAACAAGAAUGGGCCAAGAAAGCAGGCAGUAUCACAGAGGACAUCACAAAGACAGCAAAAGGAGCCGCCGAGAAGGUUAGCAAACAAGGGGAGGAGCUUACCAAAACCGCCGCCUACAAGACUAUCUCAGACGGCGUCAAAGCAGUCAAGCAAGAAAUAGAUGAGAGUACCACAGCGAAGGCAAGACCAUACAGGGCACCUCUCAAACUUCGCAAGCGCACAGAUGGAUUUUCAGAUGGGCAGGAAUAUAGAAGCUUUGAGGCCAAUGAGGAUGCUAUGGGUAUGGUUCUUCACAAAGAUUCCAGAUGGUACAAACAAUGGAAUGAAUUCAAGGAGAACAAUCAGGUUUUCAAUAAAAUGUUUGACUUAAAAAUGAGGUACGAUGAGAGCGACAACGUCAUGGUGCGGGCUUCCAGAGCAGUCACGGACAGAGUCAGUCACCUUCUAGGUGGUGUGUUCUCACAGACAGAAAUGUCCGAAGUCUUAACGGAAAUCCUCAAGGCAGAUCCCAAUUUUUCUAAGCAGGAAUUUCUUCAUUUAUGCGAGUAUGAGAUUAUACCAAAUGUUCUUGAGGCCAUGAUUAGAGGCGAAUUAGAAGUACUCAAAGAUUGGUGUUAUGAAGCUCCAUACAGCCAGCUUGCCACACCAAUCAAACAAGCCAAAGCCCUGGGGUAUAUAUUUGACAACAAAGUUCUGGACAUUGAUAACUUAGAUCUUUCUAUGGGUAAGAUGAUGGAGCAGGGUCCAGUACUUGUCAUCAGCUUCACUGCACAGCAGCUCUUGGUGGUCCGCAACGGGAAAGGGGAAGUUGUCGAGGGAGAUCCGGACAAAGUAAUGAGGGUAACCUAUGUCUGGGUACUGUGCAGAGACCAGGAGAUAUUAGACCCCAGCGCAGCUUGGAGGUUGCUGGACCUGUCUGCAAACACGGCCCAGCAGUGGGUCUGAGGCAGGGACAUACGUCUAAGAAGUCACCAAUGAUCAGAUCCAGGGCCAGUGAGAUAAAGCAUGCACAAAAGGGGGCAGGAGACCUUACAAAAUCUGAAACAUACAAGAUGUGUUUUGUAAUUUGCUCUUUUUAAUGAAUUGUCACGUUGGAACAAAAUCGAGGCUGCACAUGCGAGACAAAAGAUGUUUGCGAUGUUACUCAAUGACGUCUGUGGUCUCCGGCAUUUUCUUCGAGAAUUUGAGGCGUGAGAAAAGUAUAUUCGAAUAAAAUCAGGAAUUCUGUAAUUGCAGGACUUGCAUCCAUGUAUGCGUUGCCGAGCUCUGAUCUUGUCGCAACACGCAACAUUUGUCAAAAUGAGAGGCUUGCCCAGUGUCAACAAGAUCCAAUGGGUAAACAAUCUCAAAAAUGUCAAGGCCAAGGCGCCUCAGCAGGAUACAACUGUGGCAUUGUUUUAAUGGGACUAGCUCCCAUUGCCUCAGUUAAUGCAGUGUUCUUGAUGGUUCAGUGCAGCAAGUUCCAACACUUUUACAGCUGUUCACUGUCUUGUGUCUGGCAGAGUUAAGAACCUGUGCAAACAGCCGAAGUGUGCCGCUCCAGCGUCCCUUUGAACCCAACAAUGCAAAGGGCCCAUAAGUGCACUGUCUGUUUAUUAAAGGGGCAUCAACCAGCCCCCCCCCC